AGUGGAAUGAGGUGGGCAGGCCCGUAUUUGACAGAUGUCCAGCGCAAGACGUUUAAAAACCAUGUUCCCUAGGUCACACACAAGUACAGUUCUCAGGCCGAGGAGGAGCCGCGCAGCCCAGAUGAGAGUGACACGCACCAACUCCAACUCCUCGCCGGGGAACGCUUCAUCCCAGUUCCGCGGAGUGCUCGGCCCGAACAGCGCUCGGCGCCUCCCCAGCGGGUCUCGAACCAGCCGCCCUGAGCUCCCGCUUCCCCUGCUGCGGCAGCCCGGGUCCCGAGGGCGGCGGGCCGGGCGCGGCGUGACCCCUAGUGAACGGCGCCCGCCGGUUCUCACCCCUCCCCUCCCCUCCCAUCCUCCCUUCCCGUUUCACCCCUCCCCUCCCCCCUCCCCAAGCCUGACAGCCCGGGAGCUGCCAAGCAGGGCGCAGCCAUGGGAAGAGGAGGCGGUCUAGGGAGCGGCGGCGGCGGCAGCGGCGGCUGCUGCAGCGGCGGCGGCGGCGGCGGCUGCUGCUGCUGAGCCGAGGCAGCGGCGAG